UAAAAAAAAUUUCGCGCCUAAUCGAUAAUAUUCCAAAAAUCUCAAUUAUUUCGGUCAAAAAGUAGACUCCCUCUCUGCUCUCCGUCUCGUCUCGUCUACUGUGCUCUGUCUCACUUUAGUCAAUUAUUUCUCUCUCUCUCUCUCCUCUGAGACAAAUCCUCUCCUCUCUCUCUUUACUCUCUUCUCAUCUCGUUGAUAUCUACCGACCUCCCUUCCUCAUCUUAUCUACUCCACUCCUCCUCCUCCUCACACUCCUCACACUCUUCCCUCCCUCAUCUUAUCUAUUUCAAAAUUCCCUCUACUGACGAUGACUCACCCGUACCAAGAGAUGAAGGACAUGAAGAAACACAAGAAACACUACGACAUGUUAGGCUACAUUUGCGAUGCCCAGUAUGGAAUUCCUACCCGUUGUCCAUGUGGCGGUGAAAUCAAGACAGAUGUUUCUCCAAAUCCUAAGUAUCGCCACGAUUUCGAUACCUUGCCUGGGAGUAGGUACUUCACCUGCAAGAAUUAUGAGGACGAUGGGAUGCACUUUCGUCAGCCAUGGGCUUUUGGUGUUGAGGAUGAAGUGAGGCGCCUAAGGAUGGAGGUGAAUGACAUGGCUGAAGAGAUUGCUAAGCUUAAGAGGAUUAUAACCUCUACCUCUCGUCCAUGAGAUUCUCAAAUCUCAAGUUCUUACUAUGGAUGUGCUAAAAAUAAGAACUUUGCUUUGUAUUCCCUAUCUAUUUCCAGUUUCGGUUACAAGUCUUUUUUUUGUUCUGUUAAGACUUGUAUAAGUACUACUAGGUUUGUUCUGUUAAGUCUUUGAAUCUUAUCUAAUGUUAGACUUAUUAUGUGGUUAUGUUAAGAACUUUGUUUGUC